ACAGGUGUUCGGCUCAGUCGGACAGAGCCGGAGCUCCGGAGUAGGGAGCAGAUAGAGACUCGCGCUCACUAGCUCGCAACCCCAGGACUGAGCAUCACAUCUGGGGAGGGCUGCCAGAGUCCCUGCCCCCCCUCCACCACCACCACCACCACUUCAGAGAUGAUCGAGCUCUCUGGAGCGCCAGAGGCAGCCAGGGAGGCAUCAGUCAGAGAGGUUUAACCCAGCGGAGGAGGCUCAGACGCUGGGGUAGAUCUGCUGCUGAUCAGCCCGCUGGAGGAUCCUCUCAGUCCUGAACCUCCUUGUUUCUAGUCUGACAGUAAGAUCUCUCGGUUGGCCCAGAGGUGGAACCAGAGGCCGGCUGCUGGAGAUGCUCUGAUCAAAGAACUGAAGCCCCUGUUGUACACGGGAACUCCCCGAUCCUCGCUCAGUCUGGACAGCAGACGCCUCCCGGGUGUUAUGACCCAGCAGAUGCAGAACCUGCAGUUAUCCCAGACCAGGAAGUGCCCCGGUGGGCCAGCCUCCCCGAGCGCUGCCAAGCGCCUCUACAGGAACCUGUCAGAGAAGCUGCGAGGAAGCACCUCCUCCUUCGAAGAUGCCUACUUCUUCGGCAAGACGGAUCGCCUCCGUAAGGCCUCGGUGAGAAAACAAGCUGUGACGAUGCAGGGCAGCGACUGUAUCUUCGAGGCCGUGGAGCAGCAGGACCUGGACACAGUGCAGAUCCUUCUGUACCAGUUCUCGGCCGAGGAGCUGGACCUGAACACCCCCAACAGCCAGGGCCUCACGCCGCUCGACAUCGCCAUCAUGACAAACAACACGCCCAUCGCCAAGCUGCUGCUGAAGGCCGGCGGCAAGGAGAGUCCACACUUUGUGAGCGUGGAGAGUCGGGAGGCCCACCUGAGCUCCCUGGUGGUGGAGGCGGAGCAGCGGGCGGCGGACCUGGCAGCUCAGGCUCAGAGAGACGGCCUCUCUCUGGAGGCCUGCCACAAAGACAAACAGCUGAGAGCCUGGGAGUGGAGGAGCAAGCUGUACAAACGCAUGAGGACGGGCUUCCAGCACGCACGUCCCCCGGAGGCCCCAUGUAUGGUCCGUCUGAGCGUGAGCAGUAGCACUACGCUGACCGUCACCUUUCAGGAGCCGCAGUGUCUCAACUCCACUGUGGUGACAAGAUACAGAGUGGAGUGGAGCUGCCUGAAGGAUUUCUCCCUGCUCGCUGGAGAGAUGGUGUUGGAUAAUCUGCAGACACUUAAGUACACCAUCAGCAGCCUCACCACGGGUCGGCUCUACUAUGUUCGAGUGUCGGCUUAUAACAUGAAGGGCUGGGGUCCACCCGCCUGCUCCCUCCCUCCAUCUGCAGCUCCAUCCAAUUGGAGGGAGAGCGACGGUCGGGAGCCCAGGAGGCGGGGCCACAUCGAGGCCAUGGAGCGUCUGCUGCAGCAGGUCCGAGCUACUCAUACACAUUACUGCUGCGGAGAUACAUCCAAGCUACAGAACCCAAGCAGGAAGCAGUCCGUCUCCAGGAGUCUCAAACACCUCUUCAACUCCUCCAACAAGUUUGUGAAAACACUAAAAAGGGGGAUUUACCUGGCCGCUGUCUUCUACCAUAAGGAUAGUUUACUGGUGACAGCGGAGGACCAGAUCCCCAUCGUGGAGGUGGACGACUCAUACAGCAGCUCCCUCAUGCAGGACUUCCUCUGGUUCACUAAGCUGUCCUGUAUGUGGGAGGACGUCCGGUGGCUGAGACAGAGCAUGUCGGUGUCUAUGUCGUCGUCCUCCACCCUGCAGGCCAGGCACAAGAUGCUCACCGCCGCCGGGCAGCUGCAGAACCUCCUGGGGACCCACAACCUGGGCCGGGUCCACUACGAGCCAAUCAAGGACCGCCACGGGAACGUGCUGCUGGUGACGAUCCGUGACACCGAGAGCCAGCAUUCCCUGUUCAGUGGGAAGUGGAUGCAGGUGACCAAACUGCAGAGCCAGAGGAAGUCCCUGUCUACACCUGAGGAGCCCUACGCCCUUGACAUCCUCAUCAUCACCAUACAGGACAUUUUGGCGUACCAGCGGCGCAGCACUCACCGGCUGGCCCCAGGUCUCUAUCUGGGCUACCUGAAGCUCAGCAGCUCUGUAGACCAGAUCAAAGUCCUGGUGUCCCAGCGGACCCCCAACAUGCUCUGUCACAGCCGCAUACGAGACAACGCCAACGUCUCCAGGGAGGAGUGGGACUGGAUCCAGACUCUGUCGGCUGCAGGUGAGAAGGACCACAGCAGGGAGGAGGGCGAGGAGGCGGAGCCCAGAGCGGAGAGCCACGCCCCCUUACUGUACUACGAGCUGCAAACGGCGAUCAAGUCCCUGCUGAAACACAUCAACCUACCUCUGCACCAGGCCCGUCACUUCCGUCUCUACAGCCAGGAGGUGGUGGAGCUCGGUCAUGGCGUCUCCUUCCUGCUGCUGCUGCCAGCGGCCGACAACGUCUGCUCUGCCCCCGGACAGUCCAACCCCUACACCCCCCUGUCAGGAUUCCUCCACCUCCCUCUGCAGAUGUUUGAACUCGUUCACUUCUGCACCUAUAAGGAGAAGUUCAUUAGUCUGUACUGCCGCCUGUCCUCCGUCUUGGACCUGGACGCCCUCAUUACCCAGCAGGCACUGCGGGAGGCCAUCACAGACGUCGAGGUGGCAACGGCCAAACAGAGACAUCAGCUCAUCCUGGACUACAUCCAGCAACUGGACGAAAUGCGUCGUGACCUUCGUUGGAUCACAGAUGCUCUACAGUAUGCUCGCUACAAACAGCCUCGGGGUGGUGUGCCGAUCACCUGCCUGGUGGAUGCCAAUGCUCCAGAGAACGACUCUGGCCAGCAAAAGACUGACUCCACCUCCUCGACCAUGGACUACGUGCCUACGCCUUCACCCUCACCUGAACUCCACAGGAGGAAAGCCGUCAGUGAUUCUCUGCUUGGCUCAGAUGAAGAUGGGUCCUCCGAGGUUUUUCUGCCAACAGACAGCGACUACGACUCCAGCGAUGCCCUGAGCCCCCGCGAGCUGGACCUGCUCUACUCCCCGCCCCAGGAUCUAUCCCAGCAGGCUGUGCAUUCGCUGGGUGGCAGCGCUCCUGACGUGCUCCAGAUCCACGAGCUCAGGUACAGCGUCUGCCCCUCUAAAGACCUCCCCCUCUCCCCGGUGGUGAAGGAUCCCAAGUCUAAAGAUGCUCCUCUCUCCUCACCCCUCCUCCCCCACUCUCCCUCUCUAUCCACAGACUUCCCUCUCUCUACCUCCAGUUUUCCUCGUUCUCCCUCCCUCUGCAGAACCCUCCCCACCUCUCCGUCCCUCCCCCUGUCCCCCAGAUUCUCCAAAGACCUGCCCCUGUCCGUCCCUCUCUCCCCGGCUCUCUCUGACACCACCAAGACCCUGGAGGGCCUCUCCUUGUCCAAGAGCCACCAGGAGGACGUCGGUCCCCUGAGGGCCCUCGCCAACCCCCCCGCCAAACGCAAACUGCUCUCCAGGAGUCACAGGGGCCAAUACUUCAGCGGGCCCCAGCGCUGGCUGAGGGGCCAGAGUGGGGAGAGUCACACCGGAUCUUUAUCUGAGGGCAUCUACACCAAGCAGCUGGACCCUGACCUGCCCCUCCCCGGGGAUCUGCCCUCCCCGCAGGGCACCACCUACGUCAGCCACGCCUCCUGCAUCUUGGAGAGCCGGAAGGGCCGACACCGGGAGCCACGGCCCCACGUCCGCAGGAUCUUCGUGGAGCCCUGCAAGGAGCUGUCGCCAGGCCAUGAGAGGAGGAGCUGGGAGGAGGAGCAGGGUGGAGAGAGGACAAAGACUGUGGCGGCUGCAGGUGUGUCGGUGGUGGUGGCACAGGUGGAAUCUGGAGGGGAGGGGGAGGAGCCAGAGGGCGCCGCUGCCCAGGACAUAGAUUCAGAUGAUCAAACCAAUGCCCAGGUGUCAGAGAUACUGAGCAGCACACUGUAGAGUUCUCAGACACUUAUGAGGUUUUAAAGUUACACUGGGCAAGAUUUUAACAACACAGCUUUCACAUUAGCAUUGGGUCAGUGGUUCCCUCGUUCUGUUUGGUCCAAUCCAGUUUAGAGAAGCAGCUGAGCAGCACUUCGUAUUGUAGGUGAGGGAGAUUCACCACUUAGUCCAGACCAACCGUUCAAUCCUUAUUCUUGAAAAUUUUGCGCGGCCUUUCCUUGUUUGUUACUAGGACAGUUGGAACGGUCACAUUGCUGCCCCCUUGUGGACAAAAAGAGAAAACAAUAAUGAAGCCAUUACAGGUGCACUCGAAAACUAACCUCCACAAGUUUUGGCAAAUGUACGUUUGAUUGGUCAUCCAUUAAAGCUUUUCAGUGGGAAGCUGGUGGAGCUGUCCACCAUGAAGUGGAUCGGACGGUUUUACUAAAAAUAGAUCCGAACAGUUUUGGCUUCUCAUCCUUGAAAACAAUCCUUUCUUUAACCAGAUAUUUCCAGGUGUCAGUGAACCACAGGAACUUAACUCAGGACUUGAACCAGGAACUAGAAGUCUGAACAAAUGUACAGAUGGGACAAAUUAGACCAAUGACAAAAACGACAGGGUCAUUAGCUCUGCAAAACUCACCCCAAAAGUUCUUGAUCCUUUCAGAAAGUACUUCCCCAAGAACAGAGACUUCUUUAGCACAUGGAACUAUCCAACCAUCCCUGGGUCCUCCGGUCAAAACAAAGGUUUAGUCCUGAGCUCCUGUAAGGUUCUUGGUCGUCUGCAGAUCCUUCAGCAGAAACAGACAGUUAUCCUGUAAUCCCUAUGAAAAAAGAAAAGGUUAGAGAAAAGUCUGAAAGAAGAAACAUCAAAAAUUUAGGUCCAACAUGUUUCUGCAACAAAGUUUCUGUUGCAAUUAAGGUCGGAAUUUCUUCUCCACAUCCAGAUUUAGUUCUGCACAUUGUCCCAAACCAAAAACCACUCACUGCCCAGUGUUGCUUUAAAAUAACCUCAAACAUGGGCCAAAGGUGAAGAAUGAGGGUCAAACCUGGACAUCAGCUGUUCAUAUCACCACUGCCCCCCCCUCCUCUGUCUUUGCCUGCCUACCACAGUGAUGAUCGGCCGGGGCGUGUUAUAUGGCUCUUAUAACCUCUCUGUAGAUUGUAAACUAAACUUAAGUUGCUGGUUCAACUCCGCCAAGCCUCACAACCCAUGGCAUUGACUGUUACGAAGAAAAAUAAUCAAUGCAAUGAGAAACCAAGCACUGCUUCUCCGACCAGGAACUUUGCACACGACUCUGUAUGUCGACCAAAAACACAGUGGUUUGAUUGAUUGUGGCUCAUUUAAAAAAAAUGAUUUCCCAGUUUAGUUAGUCUCUCAAACUCCUGAAUUGAAUAGUUGGAAAAGCAGAUUAUUAUCAUUAUUACUAUUAUUAUUAUUAUUAGUAUUAUUAUUAUUUUCCCGUCUUCAGAGCAUGGAUUCUCCUCUACUUGAAGUGAAUGUACAGUUUAGUCUGUUUGUGGUCUCCUGUGACGAUUGAAUCCCGUCUUUCAAUCAAUGUUAUUUUCAGCUGCUCCCAUCGGGUCUUAACGUGGUCGAAUAAACUUGUGGUCAGUUUUAAAUAAAAAAGAUUAAAUAUAUAUAUUAUUCCCUUAAGGCUCAAACACGUGACCUGUCUCAGUCACUAAACCCAGACCACUAGAAACCUUAAAACAUGAAGUAUUUUUGUAUUCUCUGAUUUACAGAUGUACUAUUUUACCUGGAAUGAUGAUGAAUAGUCAGAGCUGUAUAUUGUUGGCAUGAAGUAGUUUGUUUUGUUUUUUUGUUUUGGACUAAAGCUUUGUGUCCAGUUUGUGCCUCCUCCUGGUUCAGCAUGACAUUGUCACGGGUCAGGGGGGUUUUAGGUUGUCGGGGGUGGGACAGGGGUCAGGAUAUCGUUUGCCUAAAAACAGUCUGCACUUUGCCCCUAAGACUGGCCGAGCAGUCGACCUGACGGUGUUUGUGUUGUGCUGUUGUGUUGACAGUUACUGUAGUGUUCCCUCAGAGACUGGUGGUGUGUUUCCUGUUUUGUUUUGUUUUGUUUUUCUACUUGCAACAUGCACCAAAAACCGCAAGUUUUAUUUGUAUUAUAGAGAAACAACUUAAAACUCCUGUCAGUAAGUCUGAGAGCUGUUUGAACAUGCACAGGUUCUUCACAUGUAUGCACAGUAUUUUAAAAGUGCGUUUUUAAUGUUGCACAUAGCAAUUAUGGAAUAAAAGCUAAUUGAAUAUUUGAUGCAAUUGGGCAUUAACUGUGGCAGCUUUUAUCAUUAAUGACUGUAAAAAGGUUGGUUUAAAGUCCUUGGAAAGUAGAUGAUAAAGACGUAUGAAGUAUUAAUUCACAGGUUUUGUCUUUGUUUGAAUGUGUAGAAACAAAUGGAUCCUUCAGCUUUACAACAACACAUGCACUAAUUAAAGUCGCACAUUUAUCCUGCGUCAGUGCUGCAGUUGUUUCUGUAUCGCAACCAACAGUUGGACAUUUUGGUAAAGAUGUUUCGCACUAUUGCUGAAAUUGCUGAAGACUGAUACCGAAAGUAAUGUGAAGCUAGAGUCAGGAGAGGGUUAGCCUAGCUUAGUAUAAAGCAGUGGGAAACAGGAAACCUCUAUCCAAAACUAAACAUCUGCUAACACCUGUACAUUUAAGCAUUUCUUUUGUUCUCUUGUGUUUAAUCCAGACUAAAAGAGAAAAGUUAAAACCCCUGUUUGCAAAUGUUUUAACUUUGCCUCUGUUUUCCGUCUUUAUGCUAAGCUAGGCUAAUCACUGUCUGGCUGCAGCUCCACUCAUAUCAGGCUUCUUCUGUAACUGUCAGCCAGAAAGUGAAUAAGUUUAUUUCCUCAGAUGUCAAACUGUUCCUUCAGUGUUACGUUAAAACUGGUCAUUAAAACACAAAACUGUAAAUUCUGGUUUAUUACAACUUGAAUUUUAUUUUUCGUAGCUCAAGCCAUCAGCUCUAUCAGCUGUGAUAACGUAUAUUAAUAUAUUCUAAUAAGACCACAGGAUGUUAGGUAGCUUUGUUCACACUUUAUUUCUUAUCAGCAGCCAAAAGCCAUUCAAGGUUAGAUACAUAUAUGGAUAUGGAUGGAGGCUUCUGUCAGUUCUGUGCGUUCAUUUUGUUCAUAUUUCUUCACAUUUUCUGAAAACUUACAAAUUGAACUGUGGGAAACAGGAAUUUUUUUGAAAAUUUUUUAAAUGGUUUUAGGACAAGUUAUGUGACUUAAUCAGAAAUCUUAAACAUGACUGUGAAGUGUCUUCGCUGCACUUCACUAGACACAGAAAUAUCAUUAAAAAAACACUGAGCGAGUUCAAACUUGGCUCACAUUUACAGCAGCCAGAGCAGACAGAAUUUUACUGCUAAACUUUGUUUUCUUUUCUAAAUAAUCUAAAAUAACUCAAGACUUUGCGUCCAACCUGUCUGAUUGUCCUUAGUUUCUAUUCAGCAACAUUACAUCACCAGAUCAGCAGCUGGAUCUAUUAAAAUAAAAACCAAAGUUGUAAUAAACCAAAUCUCACAGUAACAGACACUUUCAUCUCUGAUGGAUCUAAACAAAGUUGCAGCAGUCAGUUUGUGUUUCGAGGCUUCAAUCUUAAUGUUCGUCCUCAGGAGCAGAUUGUAGUUGUUAGUCUAAAGUCUUUUAUUUUGAAAUGUUAUAAAUAUCUGGUUUGGAAAGAAUGUUGUACCUGAAUCUUCAGUCAGGUGUUUCCAAACACACAAGACUCAAAAAAAACUGUUUUAUAAGUUUUUUUCGUGGGCUCAGAUCUUCAGCCCGUAAUGUGACACAUUUUAUUCUAUUUAUUUCACCUUGUGUCUUCAUGUUUUCAAGGCUCCUGAUGAUCACAUUAACCUCCACUAUUUUGUUACAAAAACAAGCUGAGACGAGCUUCUGUCUGUAUAUUUUUGCAUCAGCAUCAUUAAUCCUGAGCGGCAUUAUAACUCCACUUUAAUGCCACUUCUGACUUUAUUUAUUUGCAGCAAAAGGACGAUGUGAUUUUUUUAUGGACUGGGUAAAAAAAAUUGAAAAAAACCUCCAGUGUUUUCAUGCAUUUUGCAACUUCUGAAGUCACAUGAAUGGAUGUAUUUUAAUAACUGAAAUAAAUGUUGUCUCAUGUGGAUGUUGUGCACUUAAA